UAAAAGUCUUGUCUUAGCAAUCGAAAUGACUUCACAUCUUAGAGAUCCAGAUUCAGUCCUUCACGGUUCACUUUUUUUUUUUUUCUUUACAGCCUAUAAGAUCGGAUCGGAGUUUCAACUGCAGAUGCGAUGCAUGUUUGCUUUUUCUUUGUCCUUUUCUUUUCUUUUUCCUCUUUUUCAUCUCUCUCCUCCCCUUUCUUCCCCUUUCCUCCCCGUCCGCUCGCUCGUAGCUGUGCAGCUGGGGAAUCCGGCCCGGGAUGACGGAUGCGAGGUGAUUUUCUCCCGCACCUUAGCUCAUGCCCAGCUGCUGCAGGAGUGGUUAACUGCCGUUUGGUCUGAUCGCCAACCGGUCUGUCAAAGGAGAAGGAGAUGAAGCAACGAAAAAGGGGUCAUUAUCACAUAGCACGGAUAGGUUUGUAUCCAAAAUGAUAUGCAGCUUU